GAGGCCGAGUCUCAUCUUCAUCUGGCGCCGUUCAUUUCGGUGGUCUUCUCGUGCCCUUGUGUGCUGUUCGUUCGCCUCCUGUCUCCCCUUGCCGCCAACAACAACAAAAAAACAAGGCUCCUCCACUGUCAACAAGUGUUCAACCGCAAAGCUUGUUUAUUUUGGCGCCCCCAAGCUUUUUUAGUCAAGCUCCGCCGCUGACCACAACACAAGUCGCACGAAGGAGAAAGGGUCACUUGAAACUUGCAAAUCAGGUUUAGUUGGAUUAACUUCAAGUAGUUCAUUUCUGGUGCAAAAGAAGUCCUUGAUAAAAGCUUAUACGACGUCUCUGGAUCUGAAUCUAAUAUAUAUUUUCACACAUCAGGAGUUACAAGGUUGUGUAUUGGGUAUCAAUUGGUGAUGGAUGACCCAUUUGAUUCUUCGGUGAAUUUGGAGGAGGCUCAUUUGAAGGAAGGCUACGAUGAAGGCUACAAAGAUGGCCUCGUUGGCGGCAGGGAUGAGGGGAAGCAGGUUGGACUGAAAGUCGGUUUUGAGGUUGGUGAGGAACUCGGCUUCUACAGCGGCUGCAUCCACAUCUGGACAUCCGCCAUCCAAAUCGACCCGACCUGCUUCUCUUCCCGAGCCAAAACUGCUAUUGCACAGAUGCAGGACUUGAUCAACAAAUAUCCUCUGAUGGAUCCCGAGGAUCUACAAGUGCAAGAGAUCAUGGAUGCCCUCAGGCUCAAGUUCAAGAUGCUUUGUUCUUCACUGCAUGUCAAGCUCCAAUAUAAUGGCUAUCCUGCUGAGGCCAACGACAUUCAGUUUUGAACCAGAUUUUUUCUUUUAUUCUGUUUCCAUUUCAAAAUUCAAAAUUUGGGUUGAGUUAUACAAGGCCGGCCCAACACAUUCUGAGGCUUAAGAGAAACUAUCAAGACCUUUUCAAAGUUAAUAAAUAAAUUAUUAAUAUUUUAUUUAUUAACUAUAGAAAUUUAUUUGGUUUGGGGAGGUUUUGGUGUGACAGAGUGACUGUGUUUAUAGUGAGUGUGAGAUCCAAUACUAUGUCAUUUUUUUUUGCUUUUUCGUACUCCAUGCCUACCUCUUUCUGUAGAUGGGUUUUGCUGAAGGAUAUUAGUGUUUUCCAUUUAUGAUUUGUAGUUGUUGUAAUGGGUUCUAAUGAUGUUUUUGUCUAAGAUUGGGAUUCUGUUGUAGCACUAUUCAUUUGUUGUUUGUGUUUUUGUUGUAGCACUAUUCAUUUAUUAGUUUGUGUUUUUGUGGAUGGUUAA